AUGGUAAAAGUUUGUGUUUUAGGUGCUUCUGGUGGUAUUGGACAACCAUUAUCCUUGUUAUUGAAAUUAAGUCCAUACGUCUCCACCUUAGCAUUAUAUGAUAUUAAUGAUAUUACUAAAGGCAUUUCGAAAGAUUUAGAUCACAUCAAUACGAACUCAAAUUGCUCUGGUGCGAAUGCAGACAUUGCAAAUAUUUUAAAAGAUGCUAAUAUUGUUAUCAUCACUGCGGGCAUUCCUAGAAAACCAGGGAUGACAAGAGAUGAUUUAUUUAAGAUCAAUGCUAAAAUUGUGAAAAAUUUAACAAUUGAAUACGGCAAAUAUUGUUCUGCAAAUACAAAAUUAUUAAUUAUUUCCAACCCAGUGAAUUCACUAAUCCCUGUAGUAUGCGAAACGUUGAAAUUAAUGGGCAAAUUUAAUUCUAGACUAGUGAUGGGUAUUACAAUGCUAGAUUUAAUCAGAGCCAAUACUUUUUUGGCAAAUCUCUUGAACGAAAACAAAAGUAAAAAGAAGAACGCAAUAGUGAAUUCCAAACAGUAUAAUAAACAAUUAAAUAAUAAUAAUAUUAUGGUAAUUGGCGGACAUUCAGGAACUACUAUCGUACCUUUAUUAAUUAAUAAAACACUACUAUAUAACGAAAAAGAAAUCAAAGAAUUAGUUCAUCAAAUUCAAUUUGGUGGCGAUGAAAUUGUUAAAGCUAAGAAUGGUAAAGGCUCAGCCACAUUAUCAAUGGCUUUUGCUGGAUAUUUUUUCACAAAUGAAAUAUUAAAGACAAUUAAUUUUGAUAAUGAGGAAUCAAUAUAUUCAAACGAAAAUAAUUUACCAUGUUAUGUUUAUUUACCUGAUUUACCAAAUGGUAAAUUUCUACAGGAUAAAUUAAAAGAAAUAACACAAAACAGUGAAUUAAAUAUAGAAUAUUUUGCAAUUCCAGUCAAAUUAAAUAGAAAAUCUGGUGAUAUUAAUUCAAUUGAUUUAAGUUGUAUAUUAAAAAAUACAUUAUCCCCAAAUGAGAAAGAAAUGAUUAAAGUUGCAUGUGAAGCUUUAACCAAAGAUAUCAAAACAGGAGAAGAUUAUAUCAAAAAUAACUCAAAAUUAUAA